AAAAGAAACAUUUGUUAAGAAUAAAAAAAAAGAUGGUCGAAAAAGGGGAGUAGGUGGGGGCGGUCGGCUUUUGAUUAGUUAGAAAAUAAAAAAUAAAAACCACACGAGUGACCAACCGAUUCGACUCACCGAGUCAACCGAGCUAACACAGAUUCAACUCGCUCGAGCUUCGUUUUAGGACAAGUUGGUUUUUUUUUUCUUUUUUUUUUUUUGCUUCUUCUUGGGUUUGGUUGGGUCACUCCUCAGGUCAGGUGUGUUAAAAAGAAAAGAAAAGAAAAGAAAAGAAAAGAGAGAGUGUUGUAACCCCUUUGACUAAAAUCUAAAAGAGCUUUAACACAAUAAAACUCCUUCAGAUCUGAAAGGGUUCUCUCUCUCAGUCUCUGUCCUUUUAUUCUCCGGCGUCGUUUCAUGAUCUGACUCUCUCUGGUCUUCUCUUCUUCUUCCUUUUUCUUACUUCGUCACUGUUGUGUCUGAACAUGCCACGCCCUUUCUUCCAUAAGUUGAUUUUCUCAUCCACUAUCCAAGAAAAACGUCUGAGAGUCCCAGAUAAGUUUGUGAGUAAAUUCAAGGAUGAGCUUUCGGUUGCUGUUGCACUCACAGUACCUGAUGGUCAUGUUUGGCGUGUAGGACUAAGGAAAGCUGACAACAAAAUUUGGUUUCAAGAUGGUUGGCAAGAGUUUGUUGACCGUUACUCCAUUCGCAUUGGUUAUCUUUUGAUUUUUAGAUACGAAGGAAACUCUGCCUUCAGCGUCUACAUUUUCAAUUUAUCCCACUCUGAGAUCAAUUACCAUUCCACCGGUCUCAUGGAUUCCGCACACAACCACUUCAAACGCGCCCGUUUGUUUGAAGACCUUGAAGAUGAAGAUGCCGAGUUCAUCUUUCCUUCUUCCGUGUACCCUUCACCACUUCCUGAGUCUACAGUACCAGCCAACAAAGGGUAUGCUGGUUCAGCCAUCCAAAGCUUGUUCACUGGAUCUGUUAAAGCUGAAGAGGCAACGCCAACUCCAAAAAUUCCGAAAAAGAGAGGGAGGAAGAAGAAAAAUGCUGAUCCUGAGGAAAUAAACUCAUCUGCUCCGCGCGAUGAUGACCCAGAGAACCGUUCAAAGUUCUACGAGAGUGCUUCUGCGAGAAAGAGAACCGUGACUGCAGAAGAAAGAGAGAGGGCCAUUAAUGCAGCCAAAACGUUCGAGCCGACAAAUCCUUUCUUCAGAGUUGUUCUGCGACCAUCUUAUCUAUACAGAGGUUGCAUCAUGUAUCUUCCUUCUGGGUUUGCUGAGAAGUACCUAAGUGGGAUCUCCGGGUUCAUCAAGGUCCAGCUCGCGGAGAAACAAUGGCCUGUACGAUGUCUCUACAAAGCCGGGAGAGCCAAAUUCAGUCAAGGAUGGUACGAGUUCACUCUAGAGAACAACCUAGGAGAAGGAGACGUCUGUGUGUUCGAGCUGCUACGAACCAGAGAUUUCGUUCUGAAAGUGACGGCCUUUCGAGUCAACGAGUACGUCUGAACAAAGCAUUAUGGUGUGAUCAUUCUGCAGUGGGGGGAUUUGCAAGUACAAUGUCGUGUAGGAGUAUCUUAAUUUAAAAACAACUAAAACUCUCUUCUGGUCAUUGCGUCAGUGUCUCGUUUCUUCUCGGGUUUACUUUAUGUUUUCGAUGUGGAUAAGUUGUUUUCACCCCAUUCUAUAUAGAACCUCUGAGUGGAACUCAAUUUGUUUGAGUAGAACAAGUUAGGGUUUAAGAAGAAGUCUGUAAAUACCUAAUCUCCAUCAAAUUUGGUAUUAUCGAAA